UUUUUUUUUUUUUUGUAGUUUUCUACCGGGGACUUCUGCUUAGAGUAGAGCCCCUUCAGCGAGAGUUUCGCCUGGUUCCUCUCUGCAUGCCUUUACGGAGCGAAGCGCACAUUAUUUAGUGUUUUAGAACGAAGCGGUUUAAAAACACUGAGAGUUUUCAAAGUAUCAACGGAGACCGUUCUCGUCCUCUCGCUGUACGGAUGGAAAACCAACUCGUUCAAUAUAACAAGCAAUGGAGCCAGAUAGAAAACAUGUGUCCCCGGGACCAGCGGGAUCCUCUAGUCCUGCUUCUAGAACAACCAAAGCUACUAAAGUACAAGAAGCUAAAAGCAAUCAAAGGACUGGUUUCACAGUGACUCCUUUCCACAUGUCACCCAUAAUCAGUAAUGAUGCUGCUUUGCAGAGAAAAACUAUGGGCUCAGCAGUGGGGAAAGCGCCUCCACCUCGUAGCAGCCUGUUUCUGGCCACAGCUGGACGGCUGACUGCUGAAACUGUUGGAGAAGGGUUUCCUCCAGCUGCUACUGCUGAAAACUCAGAGCAGCUGAUUCCAUCUGCAUGUUCAGCACAGGCUCAGCAAGUGGAAAAGGCACAGCAGUCAGGUUCUCUUAGCAAGCCUCCAAAGACUUCUGGCCAAAAGACACCAAAGCCUGUUGCUAAGGACUCCAUGUCAUCUCAACCAGCAUCUACUGCUGAGCAAAACCACACAGCCAAAGGGAGGGGUGUGUCCACUGUGGUCAAAGCUCAGAUGGCUGUGAAGAAGAAGAAGAGGAGGAUGGGAACAUACAGCCUUGUCCCAAAGAAGAAAGCAAAGGCAGUUAAACGAUUGGAGAAGAAAGAAAAGCCAAAAGCAGGUGUGAAGAAGUAUUUGCCUGUAACAGAUGACAAGUCAGUAACAGAGCCCAAGACUGUAAAUGCAGGAGAACAGACAGCUACAGAGAAGAGGAAAAUAUCUUUAGAAGAUGGCCAUGUUGAAUACACGGAGCUGGCUCUGGACUGUCUGGACCUGAAAGCUCAGGAAGAGCUACUCUCCCCUUUUCUUUCAGGAGAGACUGAGGAGAAGGAAACAGACCUGGCAGAGGAGCUACCACUGUGCUGUUGUCGUAUGGAGACGCCCAGCAGCGGAGGGAGCUUUUCUACACGCGGUCAGACCUGCAUGGCCAUGGAGAGCUCAGAUGGAAUGGUGAGUCGCUGCCAGAGGCCUGUGGUGAAGCCAGAGUUAAUGCGACCCUCCAACACCGUCCACCUGCUGGUUUUGUGUGAGGACCACCGAGCCGGAAUGGUCAAGCAUCAGUGCUGCCCUGGCUGUGGGCUGUUCUGCAGGCUGGGCUCCUUCAUGGAGUGCCGUCCAUACAGCAGCAUUUCCCACCGCUUCCACUGGGACUGUGCCUCCAUCCUGAACGAGCGUAGGUUUUGCCCCCACUGCGGAGAAGACGCCAGUGGGGCGACGGAGGUCAUGUUUCCAAAGCCAGAUCUGUCACCCUCAAUACCCAGAUCAAAGCCUGGACCUUUACUUCCUGCUGUCGCCACUCUGCCUUCUGUCCCGACUUCCCCUGCUGUCCCUCAGAUCCUCAGGGCGAAGAAGAGCAGCCAGCCACAGAAGAGUAGGGAGGAGAGUCAGAUGAGGUUCAAGGGAGAAGCUGUACAUCGUAAAGAGUCACUGGAGACCAUCCUCAUGUCACUGGAUGACGAGAACUUAAAACGGAAGAAAGCGAAGGGUCCUGCCAGGCAGCUGUAUGUCUCUGCAAAGCAAGGGGACCUACAGAUGGUCAUUCAGCUUCUCGUUGAUGGAAAGGACCCGAACUUCUUGAUGGAGGGACACCAUAAGCGCACCGCUCUUCAUGCAGCAGCUGCUGAGGGUCACCAGGAGAUCUGCCACAUGCUGGUCCAGGCUGGGGCCAACCUGGAGAUGUUCGAUGAGGAGCACAGAACAGCUCUCAUGGCGGCCUGCGAAAACAACCAUCUGGACACAGUGAAGUACCUGGUCAGAGCCGGAGCUACAGUUGGCCACAAGGAUAUCAGGGGUUUCACCUGCCUGCAUCUGGCUGCUAAACUGGGACAUUAUGAUGUUGUUGAUCAUCUGCUUAACAAGGCAUCCAAAUACAUCAACUGUCAGGAUAAUGGGGGGUGGACGGCCAUCACCUGGGCAAUUGAACACAAGCACAAAGAACUGGUGCAUUUGUUUCUGAGAAAAGGAGCUGAUGUGAACAUCAGAGACAAGGAGGAAAACGUCUGUCUGCACUGGGCAGCUCUGUCAGGCUGCGACGACGUCGCCCAGGCACUGCUGGAGGCUGGCUGCGACCUGAACGCCACGAGCAUUCACGGUGACACACCACUUCACAUCGCUGCCAGAGAGAAUCACCUACAGUGUGUUAUGUUGUUUUUGUGUCAUGGGGCGGAUGUUUCUCAGAAGAACAAGGAAGGUGACACAGCGUUGGCCCUGAGUGUGAGCGGCUCUAAGGUGUGGACGGCUCUCAACACCAGCAAAAGACUUACUGAUGCCAGGAGAGAACGGGACUGUCAAGGAGAGAGGCAGCUCAGCAGGGACAUAUCCCGGGGAUAUGAGGCAGUCCCUAUCAGCUGUGUUAAUGGUGUUGAUAGUGAACCAUGUCCUGAUAACUUUAAAUAUAUACCAGACAGCUGCCUCAGCUCAUCACUGAACAUAGACAAGGACAUUACCCAUCUCCAGCACUGCAGCUGCACAGAUGACUGCUCAUCCAGCUCCUGCAUGUGUGGCCAGCUCAGUCUGCGAUGUUGGUAUGACAGUGAGGGUCGGCUGCCUCUGGACUUCUGUCAGUGGGAGCCUCCCGUGCUGUUUGAGUGUAACCAUGCCUGCUCCUGCUGGAGGACGUGUCGGAACCGUGUGGUGCAGAAUGGACUCAGAGUCCGCCUGAAGCUCUACAAGACAGAGAAGAUGGGCUGGGGAGUGAGGACCGUUCAAGAUGUCCCACAAGGAACAUUCAUUUGCGAGUACGUUGGCGAGAUCAUCAGUAAUUCCGAGGCUGACAAAAGAGAGAAUGACUCUUUCCUCUUCACCUUGGACAAUAAGGUAGGGGAGCCAUACUGCAUCGAUGCCAGGCUCUACGGCAACAUCGGCCGCUUCAUCAACCACAUGUGUGAGCCCAACCUGAUAGCUGUGAGGGUUUUCACUGUGCACCAAGACCAGCGCUUCCCAAGAAUAGCCUUCUUCUCAUGUAGACCCAUCAAAGCUGGAGAACAGAUCGGGAUUGACUAUGGCGACAACUACUGGAGGGUGAAAAGCAAGUUCUUCAGCUGUCUGUGUGGUUCUCCCCAAUGCCAUCACUCAUCUGCGGGCAGAUAGAGGCUGAUCCAUUUCACCUCCAUCAGCAAAUGAUGGAGCAAUCAGAACUACAUAAUCAUGGACCAUCCUUGGUUUGGCUUGGAAAAUGAGUUGGUGUUGUUUUAGGAUUCGUCUUAGUUCCCUGUCCAUACAUCCAUCUCAGCACAAAUCACUCAAUUGUGCUGAGUGUGUGCUCUUCCUGUAGUGAUUGUAUUCUGGUUUGCACUAAAGUUCUGUGCUGUUGCUUUUUUUUUUUUACAUUUAUCUUAUUGAUAAAUAUGAUGGUUGUGUUUCUACUUUAUUGCUCUUUGUGCUUCAUUUAAAUUGCAGUGAAACAUAAUUUUUUCAGCUUUCGUACAAUAAAAUUUAUUAUUUUUUUGUCUUGACACAUCAAUGUUAAAACGAUGAAAUUGUCACCUCCCAUCCACUGUGAAAGUCUCUGGGCAGGAGUUAUCAAAUCUUGGUUCUUUGGUGUCUGCUGUUUUAACAUUUUUAGAUGUGCACGUGCUUCAGAACUUUUGAUUUGAAUGCACAGGCUAAGUGCGCCAAUGUCGAAUGAGUCAUCAGUAUGUAAGAAAGUACCAGGGAAAUUUUAACUUGUUCAAGGUCUUUCAGUUGUGAAGUUUUUAAAAUAUUUGUCAUACUAACUUUCCAAAACUGCUGUCUGUAAUUUAUUUUGAUUAUAACUGCAUCCUUAUUGUGGGAGAUUUCAGCAUUUAAUAAUUAAUGUUCAAGUUAGAAUUACAGAAGCACUGAAACAUUGUAGACCAACUUCUAACAAGGAGAUAUUCUGAGUCUGGUCAUUUCCAAAGGUCUGGAUGUUACUCAUAUGACUGCAGCUGAUUUUGUUCUGUUUAAUAUGAAUAAUGGUGAGAAAUGUAGCAGAAGUCUGAGGUGAAAGCAUAAUGUAGGUGAACUCAAGGCAGGGAGAGUAAAUGAAAUUUAUUUUCAUGUUUAUAAAUAGUUGUCAUAUUGUUACUUUGAGGAAAAAAGUCAGAUAUUUCUCAUUUUCUGACUGCAAUAAAAACAAUCCUGAUGA